AUGUCUACCGGUUACGUUCGUCAGAUGGAGCUUGAAGUGAUAUUACGUCAUACAUUACAUGACGUCACAUCAGAAACCAGAAGAAGAACAGACGAGGAGGGUUGGAAAAAUGGAUCAUGUGCAUCAUGCGGUGGAUCAUCAAGGUUUUCAGAUUGCUUUAGGAGCUGCAGGUGGGGGAUUGCUGCUGAUCAUUAUAUUGGUAGCUUGUUAUAAAAGUGGACUCCUUCGCAUCAAUCCGGAUCCAGAAGAACACACUGGAGGAAUACGGGCUUCCAUCAGAAGACGAUGUGGAAAGGCGGGGCCGUGUUGUGAAAGAGUGAUCUGUGAUACCGUCUCGCCGUCUCCAUCUGAAAUAGAAGCCGCAGACGCCCACAUGAAAUUCCUGGCAGAACGGAAAAAGAAGAAAAUGGCAGAAACACCAAUUUAUGUUCUCAAGAAACCGAAAGUGUGAAGGAAAAAGAGUUUGGAAUCACCAUUAGGACGAGUUUUGAAGGUCAGGGCCGCGAAGUAGAACUACAAAGGGUAGUGGUUGGAGUAAAAAAUACCAGAUUGACAUUUUCAAUCGUGUGAACUCUCUUAAAGGUAAACUCAAAGGUUGAUAAACCACAGAGACUUCGAGUGUUCAAGAGGGUAAGCAUGCCCUGCCUAGAAAACUUGUAAGAUUCAAGGCAUACAUAGAACAUCGUUGCCAUUAUCAGCUGAAAAUAUCGGGAUCAAUUUCGACAGUCGUCACUUCCGCAAAUUUUUGUUCUUCGUGUUCAUACUCACCCAUGAUGAAAUGAUGACAACCCCUUCACCCCCUACACUCCCACCCCCCAUCCCACAAUUCCGUGGGAAGGUGAUUAGUAGACUUAAUCCCUUUACUAACUUCAUAAUGAGUGGAUUAACAAAGCCGCCAUUCAUAUCCAUUAUCCUAGAAUGGAGAUUUCAUAAACCUUUCUUAGUAUAAUUUUCUCCUAAAGAAAUAUAAUGGGCUUUUCCGAUUGUUAGUGUUACAAAGAAAGAAGUAGAAAGUAUUCGGCUUUGUGUGGACUUUUGUUAACAAUACUUAGACGUAUUAAUGUAUAAUUAUGUGAAAUUACAAUGCUUUUAUGCCAUGUACAAUAUAUACGAAAGAAAUCUAAUAAAUCCAAGUUCAA